GGUCUUCAGCUUUCUUCUUGUUCGUGCAUACCCAUCUUCCCUCACCUACAUCAAACCUAGGGUUUCUUAUAUAUAUCAGCAUAUAUAAUAGACAUCUAUAUAUAUGUAUUUGUGAUUUUAACCAUAAGAUCAGAGAGACAGGAAAAGGAGAAGAAAUAAAGAAUGAUGUGCAGCCGAGGCCAUUGGAGACCUGCAGAAGAUGAGAAGCUAAGAGAACUUGUCCAACAAUUUGGUCCUCAUAAUUGGAACGCCAUAGCUCAAAAGCUCACUGGUCGAUCUGGUAAGAGUUGUAGAUUGAGAUGGUUUAAUCAACUGGAUCCUAGAAUUAACCGAACCCCUUUUACGGAGGAAGAAGAAAAGAGGCUUUUAGCGUCUCAUCGGAUCCAUGGGAACAGAUGGUCCGUGAUCGCAAGGUUUUUCCCCGGUCGAACUGAUAACGCUGUUAAAAACCAUUGGCACGUUAUUAUGGCUCGUCGUGGUCGAGAACGGUCCAAGAUGCGUCCACGUAGCCUUGGCCAUGAUGGCACGGAGGCUGGGCCUGGGAUGAUGGGAUAUAAAGACUGUGACAAGAAGAGAAGAUUGGCAACCACAAUAGAUAUCAAUUAUCCUUAUAGUUUCUCUCAUAUCAAUCAUUUUCAAAUCCUCAAAGAGUUCUUGACUGGAAAGAUCGGGUUUUGCAAUAAUACCACUCCAAUCAAUGAAGGAGCGCUAGACCAGACUAAAAGACCAAUGGAGUUCUAUAAUUUUCUCCAAGUUAAGACGGAUUCGAAACCUGAAGUAAUACACAAUUCAAGAAAAGAAGAAGACGAAGAAGAAGAAGAUGUUGACAAUUGUGUUCCCUUUAUCGACUUUUUGUCUGUUGGAAACUCUGCCUCUAAGGGUUUAUGUUAAUUAGUUCGUAGCACAUGUACUAUAUACAAGGUGGAUCAUAUGUUAAUAAUGACAUGUAGAACUACUAAUCACUUAGAGCUCUUCUUUGAGCCAAGUGUGAAAAUUAGACAGCCCAACUUCUUCUUGUAUAUCAAACCUACUAUUUUUAUUCUAAGAAUGUUUAGUCCA